UCCAGGAAGUGGAGAUACUGAGUCCAUCAUCAUUAGAAAGAAAGAAUGGCCGCCUUUUGCUUUCUAGUGGCACUCAUUGCUGCUUUACUAGUUUCACCAUCACUUUCUUUAUCUUCCACUUCUCCGCUGAAGAAUACUCCCACCAUUUCUGCUGCGCCUACAAUAUUGCCUGAUCCUCCACUGUCCCCGAACACAGAAAUAUCACCAGAUAUUGCUCCUCUCUUACCUUCUCCUGGAUCUACCACAACGACGAUUCCCUCGAAUCCAAGCCCUCCUAAUCCGGAUGGAGUUUCAUCAGUUGGCCCUGAUCCUGCAUUUGCACCAGCAGGGUCCUUGCCAUUUUCUUCAGCAGUGAAUCUCAGUCUAGCAGAGUCUGCAGAACUUCUGAAGUUGUUUAGUUUCAUAUCCUUUCUGGUAGUGCAGGCUCUUGCUCUGUGAGGUACCAAACAUGCGAUUAAUAUACCAUCUGUUGGCAUAACUUGGUUCAUAGUUUCUUUACAUCUAGCUGAGUUCACAGAAGUGUCCAUAUUCUUUACAGAAGAUAUAUGAUGUAAUGAAUGGUAUUCAAUCCUAGCAUAUUAAACUGUAUUGUUUGAA